AAUUGGUGACACCAGAGGUCGCUGUGUUAAACUUCAGUGGUUUUACUUCCGUUUGUUUUCAAUCAGACGGAAAGAUGGCGGAAUCGGAUGAGCCCAAAGCUACCUGCACUUUUCUGUUUAAAAAAUCAAGCAAGAAAUUCGCCGCCAGGAAAAGAAAAGCAAGUGACAGUGACAAAAGCGGCAACAGCGAUGAAGACAAAAGCACGGUCAUAAGAAGGCAGAAGAAGACCAGCGUCUCUAAUCCAAUGAUUCAGAAGUCAAAGCGGACAGAGCAGGAGAAGCCGUCCUCCAGUGAGAGCGACGAUGACAAAGAGGACAAGAAAAUCACAGUAGAAUAUAAAUCUUCGCGAUCCGCGAAACCGGAGGGUCCCGAGGAUAUGGGUGCUACUGCGGUUUACGAGCUGGACACUGAGCGAGACAAGGACGCACAGGCCAUCUUCGAGCGGAGUCAGAAGAUCCAAGAGGAACUAGAGGGGAAGGAGGAUGAUAAAAUCUAUCGUGGUAUGAACAACUAUCACAAGUUCAUCAAACCCAAAGACUCCACCAUGGGAAACGCUUCCUCCGGCAUGGUCAGAAAGGGCCCCAUUCGGGCUCCGGAGCACCUGAGGGCCACGGUGCGCUGGGACUACCAGCCGGACAUCUGCAAAGACUACAAGGAGACCGGCUUCUGUGGAUUCGGGGACAGCUGCAAGUUCCUGCACGACCGCUCCGACUACAAACAUGGCUGGCAGAUAGAGAGGGAGCUGGACGAGGGCCGGUACGGGGCCAACGAUGAGGAGAAUUAUGAGGUGAGCAGCGAUGACGAGGACCUGCCCUUCAAGUGCUUCAUCUGCAGGGAGACUUUCAAGAACCCCAUCAUCACCAAGUGUCGGCACUACUUCUGCGAGGCCUGCGCGCUGCAGCACUACCGCAAGUCCAAGCGCUGCUACGUCUGCAACGUGCAGACCAACGGCGUCUUCAACCCGGCCAAAGAGCUGAUGGCCAAGAUCCAGAAGCAUCAGGCACAGACAGACCAGCCACCCUCCGAUGACGACGACUAGCACCAGACCUCUUCCCUGACCCCCCACCAUUUAAAAUUAAAUCGAAUUAAAUUUUAAUUGUAUAGCAGUUUUUACAGAAAACCGCUAUACAAAUAAAAUUAAUUUGAGGAAAAUUGAGGUUUUCUUUUUUCUUUUAUUACCGAAUCUGUGUUUCUUUUAUGUUCCCGUUUAAUUUGUGGUGUACAGUAUUUGAAAAAAUUUUUUUGGAAUAAAUGCUCGGUUUUGAUA